AAUCUCGCCACAAAGAACUUCACAUUUUAACAGUUGCCGCGAAAAAUAGCUUACUUCACCUUUUAGCCACGAAGACUAAUAAAUUUCACGUUUUUUCCGCGAAGACUAACAUAUUUCAUUUUAGUUGCCACGUCGACUAUUGCGUUUCGGAGGCAACAUGUUAAAACAGUGAAUUAAUGUUACAUGUUAACAAUAAAUUAAUCAAAAGAGUUUUAAAAAUAAAGUCGAGUAACGCAAUGGAAGUCGGAACGCUUGAGAUCAUAAUAGGGCUCAGCGUACUAUCAUUUAUUUUCCACUAUUAUCUUACAUACCAUUUUGAUUUCUGGAAAAAACAAAAUGUUGUUGGACCGAAGCCUAUACCAUUUUUUGGCAACGUGAAGGAGAUUUUAUUUGGCGAAAUUCACGCAGGUUUGCUUAUGAAAAGAUAUUAUGAUCAGUAUAAAUCAGAACCAAUGAUUGGAAUUUAUGGGAAUAGAACUCCGUCAUUAAUUUUAAAAGAUCCUAGUCUUAUCAAAGAUGUUAUGAUAAGGGACUUUAAUGUAUUUCCUGAUCGUGGAUUCUACGUAAACGCUAAAGCUGAUCCUGUAAAUCAAAAUCUUGCUAAUUUGGAACAUGCCAGAUGGCGUCCACUCAGAACGAAACUUACUCCGAUCUUUACGUCUGGUAAACUCAAAGAAAUGUUCUACUUGCUUGUUGAAUGUGCUAAUAGUUUCGAAAAAUACGUGGAGAAAUUAAUUGAAAAAGAUGAACCAGUGGAAGUUCGUGAACUGACAUCUAAAUUUACAAUACAGGCGAUUGGAGUUUGCGUUUUAGGAUUAGAUACGAAGGCGCUCGAAGAAAAUAGCCAAUUCAGAACGUAUGGUCGAGCUCUAUUUGUUCCGACUAUUGUAAAUGUAGGUAGGAUUUUGUUACAACAGUUAGCUCCAUGGAUUUAUGAAAGUUUAGGACCUUUCAAAACAAGCGAACCCGUUAGAUUUUUCGCUAAAUCAACAAAGGAGAUAGUCGAAUAUCGGAGGAAAAAUAAGAUCAGAAGAAAUGAUUUUGUUGGUUUAUUAAUGGAUUUACAGGAUCAACCAAAUACACUAAGCAACAUUGAUUUCAGUGAUGAGUUUCUUGCUGGACAAAUUUUAGCAUUUUUUGCUGCAGGAUUUGAAACUUCUUCUACAACAGUCAGUAAUGCACUUUAUGAGCUGGCAUUCAAUCAAAAUAUUCAAGAUAAACUACGAAAUGAAAUAAGGGAAGAAAUCGAAAGAAAUAAUGGACAGUUGACGUACGAUAGCAUUAAAAGAAUGAAGUAUCUAGAUAAAAUAUACAAAGAAACCUUAAGAAAGUAUCCACCUGGAAGUAUUAUUCAAAGAAGAUCAAAUGCGCAGUAUACCUUUACCGGAACGAAGGUGACCAUACCAGCAAAUACAACCCUUAUAAUACCUGUGUGGGCUAUUCAUCGUGAUCCGGAUCUUUAUCCAGAUCCCGACAUAUUUGACCCUGAAAGGUUUAACGAAGAUAAUGAAAGCUCUAGACAUCCAAUGAACUAUUUACCCUUUGGUGAUGGCCCUCAUAACUGCAUUGCGGUACGGUAUUCAAACUACCAAACGAAAGUAGGGCUUAUUGCCGCAAUCAAUAAAUUCAAAGUCAAUGUCUGCGAUAAAACAUGUAUAUCGUAUCAAGUUGAGCCCCGCGCAAUUUUUACUGCUCCAGUAGGAGGAAUUUAUUUAAAAAUAUCGAAAGUCUUGUAGUUCGUUACUCAUAUAAAUACCCGUGCUUUUUAUUUCAUAUAUAUAAUAAAAAUGUUGUGUAAUUGAAGAAGCAGCGAACAAUAAAAGUUGGUCUUUGGUA